AGCGUCGCAGGGGAAAGAGAAGGCACCAAUCAAUAGACCCGCUCCGGAGAGCUCUCCCUCUCCGAGCACCAACUUCACUGCGCUCAUCUCUCCACGAACAUCGCGCGACGCUCCACGUUUCUCCACUUUCAGCUUUUCUUUUUUCUAAUUUUAAAAAUGUCCAGACAAGCUUCCUCGCACUUAGUUCGGCUAUGCCUGCGCGCAGCCGCUUCCUCGUAGACUUAAUUUUUCUACUUUUUUUCUUUCCUCUCCGGACUGGGCAAGACCCGAACCCGACGCGCAGCUGGUGAGAAUAUGUGCGAGAAGCGAUCGGCGGAGGGCGCGGGCUGUUUUCGGUCCCCCAAGCAGAAGCAGCGUGGAUUAAACACGAAUUAAUGUGGAAUUUAUCGGAGCUUAAAGGUGGAACGACGACCGGACACCGCGCGUUCUCGUCAGGGACUGACUGAUCAUGGUCGCCGUGGUCCGCUCUCUCAUGGUACUGAUGCUCGCUCAGGUGCUGCUGGAAGGUGCUGCGGGACUCAUCCCCGAGGUAGGCCGGAGGAAGUACAGCGAAUCCGGGAAACAGACCCCUGAGCAGUCGGAGAGCUUCCUCAACGAGUUCGAGCUGCGGCUUCUCAACAUGUUCGGGCUGAGACGCAGGCCGACCCCCAGCAAACAAGCCGUGGUGCCCCAGUACAUGGUGGACCUUUACCGGAUGCACUCUGCGAACGGAGACCACAGCACUAAGCGGCCCAAGAGCAUGGGGAAGCACGCAGAGAGAGCCGCCAGCAAGGCCAACACGAUUAGAAGCUUUCACCAUGAAGAGUCCAUGGAGGCCCUGAACAGCCUGAAAGGCAAAACAACCCAGCAGUUCUAUUUUAACCUCACGUCUGUGCCCGAUGAGGAGCUCAUCACUUCUGCGGAGCUGCGCAUUUACAGGGAUCAGGUGAUGGGAGCAGCAGCCCCCAACAACAGCAGCACUAGUGGUGGUGCUCCUUCCGGUGGCUUCCAUCGUAUCAACAUUUACGAGAUAUUCAGAGCUCCUGCCGCUGACGGCGCUGAACCUCUAGUACGUUUGCUGGACACCCGGUUGGUGCGGGAGUCUUUAAGCCGCUGGGAGAGCUUUGACGUGAGUCCUGCUGUUUCUCAGUGGACCUCAGGGAAUGGCCACAAUCACGGCUUCAUGGUGGAGGUGUUUCACCCGGAAGGAGGUGAGAGUGACGCUGAGCAUUCCCAGAGACGUAAUAGGCAUGUUAGAGUGAGCCGGUCCCUGCAUCAGGACCAGGACUCGUGGCCUCAGGCUCGGCCCUUGUUGGUGACGUAUGGCCACGAUGGCCGUGGGGACUCGGUACUCCACACGCGGGAAAAAAGGCAGGCAGCACUCCGCAAACAGCGCAGGAAGAACCACAAUAAGGCAAGCUGCAAAAGGCACGACUUGUAUGUAGACUUCAGUGAUGUGGGAUGGAACGAGUGGAUAGUGGCUCCCCCUGGCUAUCAUGCCUUCUACUGCCAAGGGGAAUGUCCCUUUCCCUUAGCAGACCACCUCAAUGCAACCAAUCACGCCAUCGUGCAGACUCUUGUCAAUUCAGUCAACUCGAACAUCCCCAGAGCCUGUUGUGUUCCCACCGAACUCAGCCCCAUUUCGUUGCUCUACCUGGACGAAUAUGAGAAAGUCAUUCUAAAAAACUACCAGGACAUGGUGGUGGAGGGCUGCGGCUGCCAGUAAGACAUUUUUGGGUAUGGAUGCAAAAAUGGUGAACACACAACACAAAGACUGGAAGUGAUUUUAGGUUGCUAUGGACACCCAAUAUCCCAUUGAAGAUGUUUAUUUAUAUGAAAACACAAAACAGAGCUAUUGUGGGGGAAAACUAUAUAUGAAUAUAUUUAUGUCUACUUAAAGUUGGGAAAAAUAAAAGAUUUAAUCAAAA